AUGCACAACAAUGACCCAAGCAGUCAAACCUUUGACAAUCCAAGAGAUACCGCCAAAGAUGACAUUCAAGAUAAAUCCGACACCGAAAGCAGUCGCGCCCUCGCGACCUCCCUCGUGAACAAAUGCCGCCGUCUCCUCAGCGAAAUAGAUACCCUCCAGUCUAUGCUCAACCGCAACCUGCGCAACCCCCAACUGGUCGAGGUCCGGUCGCUCCGAUCCAACGUUCUAUCCGAAUUGCGCAUGCUCGAGAAACUUUCCAAAAAGGUGCACGCGGUGUCUGCUACGGCGGAUGCAGAAACAGAAUCGCAUGAUGAUGAGGUCGAGCUGCGACUUCUGCAUGCCUUGCGGUCGUCGAAUCUACCCUUCUACGAGGCUGUUUGGAACGUUGCUAAGAAUACGUGCACUGGUUUGGUUGCUUUCGGGAAGCGGUUCUACUGGGAUGGCGGUGCACAACAUGGCGGAAAGGGAUCUGAGGAGAAUCAGACGAAGAAGAAGCCCAGUCAAGACAAGCGCAAGAGCGUCUUUGUCGAUAUCAUCGCAGAUGAUGGUGAAGAAUGGGUGAAGGUCUCGACGAUUUCCGAAACUCGUCUUCUAUUCGAGAUGGCCAAGAAAGGGUGGGAGGCGGAUUCGGAAGACGAAGGUGAUGGGGAGGCUAGGACCGUUUUACGAAAUUACGACAACGACCACGACGACAGCGACGAUGACGACGAUGAUGAGGUCGAGCUGAUCAAGUUGGCGCGCGAUAUGAGAAAAGCUGCCAAUGCUAUGCGAAUCAGGUAUAAACAUCCUCGGCUGCGAUUCGUAAUUCCAAAAAUUGAGGAGGGGGAAAGUCCUGAGAUCGAUGAUUUAUUGAAAGUGAUUCGAAGCUAUGGUAUCACAGUGAUUUGUGGAGGGGAUAUAGCCAGAGCGCACACGGAGGAUGCAGAAGGUCCUGAGCAUGCUGCUGUCAAGGAAGGGAAACUGUCUCAAUUGCUUCCCAGCCCCUUCAAGCGAUUUACUUCCACUUUAAAUGUGGACUGUACUCUGCUGCUUGCCCUGGUUUCAGAUUUGUCGCAUUACAAAACCGUAACCCUUUCUCCCUUCCAUCAUAAAGCCAUUUUUAGGCAGGUCGAGGUAGAAAAGCAGCGGCCAUUGCUGCCCACAGAGCUUUGGCCGGCGAUGGCCGCGCAUGACUUGGUCUGCACGGAGGAAGCUGCGAGGAGAAUGCGGGAGAUAGUUGAUACUAUCGGAACGGAUGCCGAGAGAAAAAGGACCCAGUUAUUGAUGGGUGAUGCACCCUUCAAUGACUGUGACACGACGUCUCUUCUUGAAAAGUUCCAGGAAUUGUCGGAUUAUGAAGUACCAUCUGGCUGGAAAAUACCAAUCAGAACGGUGGAAUCCAAAUCCGCUAUUGAAUCGGCGAGGGCUCUCCCUCCGGUAUCCCGCAAAGUCGCAAAGAUUCUGUCCGAUAUCAACUACAGUGUGUUUAUGUAUGGGUGGUCCACAGGAGUCACGACCAUAUCGAGCAAUCGCACUGUGGUCAAACAAAUUGAGACCACCAUCGAGGAACAUAGGAAUGGCGAUGAAGGCUUGGAGGGGCCUCUGGUGUGGGUUUGUGACACUGCCAGAAGCUUGGCAGGGAAAGACAAAGAUCGAAAAACGUAG